AUGAUAUCUAAUGUUCUAAUUAGACAUUCAUCAGCAGAUCAUGAAGAACCUUUGUCGAUGACGGCAACUAUUCCACGGACGACGCGUUUUAUUGAAAAUUAUCUUAUUAUUUGGCUUUAUGAUGAGACUUUGAAUAAAUUUGAAAACGAAAUACAAUACUUACGAAAACUCAUUUAUGGAUUAAAAACAUUUAAUAAUAUCGAUGCAUGUAUUACUUUUAUCAAUAAUGUUCAAGAUGAAAAAGUAUUUCUUAUUAUAUCUGGUAGAUAUCGAACAUUCGAAUGUUUUCAUCAUUUACCACAACUUGAGAAACUAUAUAUAUUCGAUUCCUUUCAAGAAUUAAAUGAUACGAAACAUCAAAAUAUCAAUAAUCUUUAUAAACAACUUCAAGAAGAUAUUCAAUUAUGUGAAAUGGAUUUUAUGUCUAUUGCUGUUGUAUCACCAUUAUCACAAGAUAUUUCAUUUUCAUCAAAAUUAACAAAACAACAAUCAUCAUUUCUUUUCGAACAAAUGAUUAAAGAGAUUAUUUCUCGUCUUAAAUUUGAAAGUUCUUCUAAAGAUGUCUUAGUCGAUUUUUGUCGAAUGCAUUAUAUGAAUAAUGAUGAACAAUUACAUGUAAUCGAUGAAUUUGCAAAAAAUUAUCGUCCAAAUAAAGUUCUUUGGUGGUUAACAAAUCGAUGUUUUAUUUCAAAAAUAUUAAAUCGUGUACAACGUACACGUGAAAUUGAUAUUAUCUAUAAAUUUGGUUUUCUUAUUAAACAAGCAAAUAUACAACUUAGUCGAUUGUAUGAAGAAAAUACAUCAUUAAUGAAAACAAUAUCUGUUGUUUACCGUGGUAAAACUAUGUCAUAUACUGAAUUUAAUACUACAAUAAAGAAUAAUUGUGGUGGUUUUCUUUCAUUUACUGAUUUUCUUAUUACUACUAAUAACAAAAAAGUUGCUAUUGAUUUUGUUGAUCGUCGAUUUGCAAUGCAUCCUGAUAUGGCAGGUAUUAUUUUCGAAAUAGAUAUCGAUCAGACAUUAUUUAAUGAAAAAAAUCCAUUUGCCUUACUCAAAGAUGUAGAUAUGAACAAAGAUGAAAUUUGCUUUUAUAUGAGUACUGUCUUUCGUAUUGAAUCUAUUGAACAAACUACAAAUGAUGUAAUGGUUAAAUGGUUGGUUAAAUUAAAGUUAAUUAAUGAUAAUGAUCAACAACUUCUUCAUAUUUUAGCACCUACUCGAAAUCCUGAUAUACAUAAUAAUCAAGGCUUUUUUUGGGUUCUUUUUGGAUUAUUGGAAGAUCCUAAUUUUCGUAGUCAACCUCGACGUCUUGUACGUUUACAUAAUGGUCUCGCUGAUAUUUAUACCUGCAAAAAUGAAUAUAUCAAAGCUUUAGAUCAUUAUCAACAAGCACUUCAAAUGAGUUUGACUUACUUACCAUCGGAUCAUUCAGAUCUUGCACCUAAAUAUAAAGCAAUUGGUGACAAUUAUUUAAAUCAAAAAGACUAUAUUCAUGCUUUAGAAAACUAUGAGAAAGCAAUUGAAUUAUUCAAAAAAGAUACAUCACAAGUUAAUUUCGAGAUCAUAAAUGACCUUCAAACUCGCGUCCACAAGGCAAAGCAAUUGAUUAAAACUAAUGAAUAA